AUGGACCAAUAUGACAAUAGCACACUGCAGAUUUCUGGGACCCCAGUACAGAUUGGAGGGGUGUCUGCUCAGGAAGUACUCCAAGACCUCCUGACCGGAAGGCCGGCCUGGCAAUAUAUCGUCACUUUUCUCAUCGGACUUGUUGUCUAUGACCAAGUACUUUACCUCCACCGCAAAGGCACACUCGCCGGUCCUCGCUUCAAGGUCCCCCUUACGGGCCCCUUCAUCCAAGCUCUGCACCCGAAGUUCGACGCCUACCUGAAGCAAUGGGCAAGCGGGCCCCUGAGCUGCGUAUCGGUCUUUCACAAGUUCGUUGUCCUCGUCUCCGACCGCGACCUAGCCCACAAAGUCUUCAAAUCACCCACCUACGCCGAACCGUGCAUCGUACCGAUCGCAAAGGACAUCCUCGGCCACAAGGCCUGGGUCUUCCUGCAGGGAAAAGAACAUACCGAGUACAGGCGCGGCCUGACACCGCUUUUCACGAACAAGGCCAUUGCAUCGUACCUCCCCGCCCAAGAGCGAGUUCUAGCCGAAUACUUCGAGAAGUUUGUUACUGCAUCCGAAGGCAAUGGCAAUAAACCCAUGGCAUUCAUGACACUCUUCCGCGAGAUCAACUGCGCUCUUUCACUGAGAACGUUCUUCGGCGAGUAUAUCUCGCAAGACGCAGUCAAGAAAAUCGCAGACGAUUUCUACCUUGUCACCGAGGCACUGGAACUAGUCAAUGUCCCGCUCUCGAUGUACAUCCCUUUCACCAAGGUCUGGAAGGGGAAGAGGACGGCUGAUGCGGUUCAUGCGGAAUUCGCCAAGUGCGCUGCUACUUGUAAGGAGAAUAUGGCCCGAGGAGCGGAACCGACCUGUAUAGUUGACCACUGGGUCCUGCAUAUGAUGCAGUCCAAUGCGUACCGUGAUAGAGUCGCCGCUGGCGAAGAGAGUUGCGAAAAGCCAGCGAAUCUCAUCCGCGAGUUCACGAACACCGAGAUCUCAGAAACACUGUUUACAUUCCUCUUCGCGUCGCAGGAUGCGAGUUCCAGUGCGACGACGUGGCUUUUCCAGAUCCUUGCACAGCGGCCCGAUGUUCUGGAUAAACUCCGCGAGGAGAAUCGGAAAGCCCGCGACGGAGACAGAUACAAGCCUUUUGAUCUGCCAAUGCUCGAAGCCCUCCCCUACACCACCGCCGUGAUCAAGGAACUCCUCCGCCACAGACCACCUGUCAUUUUCGUGCCGUACCUCGCGACCAAGGCCUUCCCGAUCACGCCAAACUACACCGUUCCCAAAGGGGGCAUGGUAAUACCAUCCUGCUACCCGGCACUGCAUGAUCCUGAGGCAUAUCCCAACCCCGACGUCUUCGAUCCAGACCGGUGGAUCACGGGUGAUGCAGAGAGCAAGACGAAGAACUGGCUGGUCUUUGGCGCCGGCGCCCAUGAUUGUCUUGCUCGGCGGUAUGUGCCGCUAUCCAUGGCUGGGAUGAUUGGGAAGGCUGCGUUGGAGCUGGACUGGGAGCAUCAUGCCACGCCGUUGUCGGAGGAGAUUCGGGUGUUUGCGACGUUGUUUCCUAUGGAUGGAUGUCAGUUGGUUUUCAAGAGACGAGAGUAG